AUGGAAGAAGAGCUCAAAUGCCCCGUAUGCGGGUCGCUCUUCCGGGAGCCCAUCAUCCUGCCCUGCUCGCACAAUGUCUGCCUGCCCUGCGCUCGCACGAUCGCCGUGCAGACGCCGGAGACCGAGCAGCACCGCGGCGGCGGCGGCGGCGGGAGCGGGGCGGACCACGCGGACAAGCUGAGCUUGCACAGCGAGACCGACAGCGGCUACGGCUCCUACACCCCGAGCCUUAAGUCUCCCAACGGGGUGCGGGUUCUGCCUCUGGUUCCGCCUCCUCCGGGCUCGUCGGCGGCAGCUGCGGCGGCGCCCCGAGGAGGAAGCACCAGCUCCUCGCUGACUUGCCCGCAGUGUCAUCGCAGCGCCUCGCUGGACCACCGCGGCCUGCGCGGCUUCCAGCGCAACCGGCUGUUAGAAGCCAUCGUGCAGCGCUACCAGCAGGGCCGCGCCGCCGUCUCGGCCGCCGCCAAGUGCCAGCUGUGCGACCGCAGCCCCCCCGAGGCGGCCGCUGUCAUGUGCGAGCAGUGCGAGGUGCUCUACUGCGCGGCCUGCCAGGUCAAGUGCCACCCGUCCCGGGGGCCCUUCGCCAAGCACCGCUUGGUGCCUCCGCCCAGCCAGCAGGGCGCCCCCAGCGGAGCGGCUGCAGCUCGGAAGCCCCCCACCUGCACCGAUCACGAGCUGGAGAACUACAGCAUGUACUGCGUAACCUGCCGCAACCCGGUCUGCUACCAGUGCCUGGAAGAAGGCAAGCACGCCAAGCACGAGGUGAAGGCCCUAGGAGCCAUGUGGAAGCAGCACAAGGCGCAACUUUCUCAGGCUCUAAAUGGCAUUUCGGAUAAAGCAAAAGAAGCAAAAGAAUUUCUGGUUCAGCUGAAAAAUAUUUUACAGCAGAUACAGGAAAAUGGCUUGGAUUAUGAAGCUUGUCUAGUGGCUCAGUGUGAUGCUUUGGUGGAUGCUUUGACUCGUCAGAAAGCAAAACUGCUCACAAAAGUCACCAAAGAGCGUGAGCACAAGCUAAAGGUUGUAUGGGACCAGAUAAAUCACUGCACUUUGAAACUGCGUCAGUCUACAGGGCUCAUGGAGUAUUGUCUUGAAGUAAUCAAAGAAAAUGAUCCUUCUGGAUUUUUGCAGAUUUCAGAUGCUUUAAUCAAACGUGUCCAAGUGUCUCAGGAGCAGUGGGUCAAAGGAGCUCUGGAACCAAAAGUGUCAGCUGAAUUUGAUCUGACUUUGGAUAGUGAACCCUUGCUGCAGUCAAUUCAUCAGCUGGACUUCAUUCAGAUGAAAUUUUCUGUUUCAGUGCCGCCGGUCCCGCUGCUGCAGCUGGAGAAGUGCUGUACCCGAAACAACAGUGUGACCCUGGCCUGGAGGAUGCCUCCUUUCAGCCACAACCCAGUGGAGGGGUACAUCUUGGAACUUGAUGAUGGAGAUGGCGGCCAAUUCCGAGAAGUGUAUGUUGGCAAGGAGACCCUGUGCACUAUCGAUGGUCUUCAUUUUAACAGUACCUACAAUGCAAGAGUCAAAGCCUUUAAUUCUUCAGGAGUGGGGCCAUAUAGCAAGACUGUUGUUUUACAGACCUCUGAUGGUGAGUGA